AUGGAGCGGCUUAUCUUUAGCCUAUCUGAGUUGGAACAUUUGGGGCAAACGUUGAUCUCCGGACACACCAACUUUAAUCAUUCAAGUGAAACCUAUCUUCGGAUCACGCUCGGAACUUUGCAAGUCACACGCGGGGCGAUACUUCGUUACCACACGACGCGGCAAAAUCUUGAAGUCGUUGCAUCGUCGCCUGAUAAAGUAUUUCCCCCAAUUACGGUUGAACCCAGCGAAAUCGAGGGUUUGCUACAACAUUCAUUCAUUGAAGGUACAAACCUCCCAGAAGGUCUUGAACAAUUCUUCGCUCGGACUGCCAAGUUCGUCGAAACUAUUGACAUACGUCUUUGGGUGCCUCUAAAGAUUCAAGAUGAAUUUCUCGGAAUGAUUGGUUUAGGAAGUUUCUUGGGCAGAGAGGCAUUGGAAGCAUGGGAGAUGGAAUUGUUAACAACCCUUGCUCACCAAAUUUCAAUCGCCAUCGCUUAUUCGCAAAUGGUGGAGGGGAUUCAGAGCGAAAAAUUUCGAUUGUUCAUGCUCGCAGAGAGCGCGCCGCAAAUCUGCCAGCUCCUUGAACCUGAAGCCGCGGCAGAACAGGUCGUGCACCAGGCUGUCUCACUCUUAGAUGCCAACGCUGGCGCACUCAUGCUCAAGCACCCGGAACGUCAGGAACUUGAGAUGCACUUCACCUUUCCGGAGACAUUAGUUGAAGAUGCCACAGACCAUUCUGGUCCUAAUGGGCUCGUUGUUCCGUAUGGUGAGGAACCACCCGUAUCUAUGGAAGCAACGUCCGCAGACAUGCUAAAAUUUGUUGUCAGGGAAGGAUUGCCGGGACACUGUCCUCCAAAGUCAGACACCCUUUUCGGGGGCAAGAAUUUGAUGGCUGUCCCUAUUCCUGGACGCGACGGUGACAUUCUGGGGAUCCUCGUUGUUGGUGAUAAAGAGGAACGUGGUGGUAUGAUCACACCUUUCACCGAUGAGGAUGUAAUCCUGCUUGACUCUUUUGCUAAACAGGCAGGGGUUGCAAUUCAAAAUGCCCACCUGCAUCAGGAAGCACUGGAUGCACGCCAGUUACAAGCGGAAAUGGAGGAAGCACGCAAAAUCCAGGUGAAUCUCAUUCCGGAGACACUCCCAGACAUUCCUGGAUAUGAAGUCGCCGGACAUUAUGAGCCACGUGGUCCCGUUGGAGGAGACUAUUAUGAUUGUAUUCCCUUGCCGACUGGACAUUGGGGACUCGCGAUUGCGGAUGUUUCUGGAAAAGGGAUGCAAGCGGCACUUCUUAUGGCAACACUACGUGCAGGGCUCAUCUCUGAAUUAUCACGAGGAAAAGGCACCGCAGUUGAGGAUUCAGUACAAGAUGACCUGAGUUCGGCUGCCUUGUACGGUGAGCUUAUUGAAAUGGCUAUGACGCUUAACUCGCUCCUUUACGCCAGCGGUACAGAGGAGAAAUACGCUACUUUUUUCUAUAGUCAUCUUAACCCCGAUACGAAUGUCCUGACAACGCUCAAUGCAGGGCAUAAUCCGCCACUGCUCGUUAGAAAAGAUGGUACCUAUAAGUGGUUGGGUGAAGAUGUUGGCGGUAUUCCACUCGGUAUGUUUCCGAACGAGAUGGUUCCCAACAUCGCUGAAUAUGCAGCCGAGCAUAUCCAACUCACAAGCGGUGAUGUCGUUGUAUUUUAUACAGACGGUGUUACAGAAACCGUGAAUGUUGAAGACGAGUAUUAUGAGGAGGAUCGACUCGUAGCGGAUUCCAAAGCGUGCAAGGAUUCAGAUGCUGAGGAUCCAGCAAUCCUCGCCCGAAUCGGGAAUCUUGAAUUGAUUGCAAAAUUCGUCGUUGAAGGCUUUAUCUCCGGACUCCACAAAAGUCCGUAUCACGGGUUCAGUGUCGAAUUCUCGCAAUACCGACAAUAUAUGCCCGGAGACGAUACCAAACAUAUAGAUUGGAAAGCCUACGCUCGCACCGACCGUCACUAUAUCAAGCAAUUUGAGGAGGAAACCAAUCUCAAUUGCUACCUCCUUUUAGAUGCAAGCGAGUCUAUGUUGCAUCCGAUAGAUGAGGCGCAAGUGGAUGAUCCGACUAUAGAGGUGGGGGGAACAGGGCAAAAACUAACAAAGUUGCGAUACGCAAGUUUCCUCAUCGCCUCACUCGCCUAUUUUAUGGCGAAGCAGCGGGAUGCUGUUGGGUUUGCGUACUUUGAUGACACACUUCGCCAAUACCUUCCCGCUCGAAGUAGCACAUCGCACUUGCACUCGAUCUUGAUUACGUUGGAGACGCUGCAAACCGCAAAAAGUACACGGAUGGGGAUGCCCUUGCAUCAAAUCGCAGAACGUCUAACCAAGCGCGGCUUAGUCCUCUUCGUCUCCGACCUCUACGAUGAAAAUCAGGCAGAAGUUGUCGAGGGUUUAGAACAUCUCAGAUAUAAUGGACAUGAGGUCAUCGUCUUUCAUGUUCUCGCACAUCAGGAACUUGCUUUUGCCGACUUUGCAGCAGGAAGGAGCGCAGAAGCACUUAUCCGUUUUAUUGAUUCGGAAAAUGAUGCUGAGAUUAUCACAACGCCGCAAGCGAUUCAGGAGAGUUAUUUGAAUAAUUUCAACGAAUUUCUUGAUACUUAUAGGCUCGCACUGCGGCAAUCGGAUAUUGAUUACAACAUGAUCACAACAGCAACACCGAUUGAUUUAGCACUGGCAUCUUAUCUCGCUAAGCGUCAAGGAGUCCUAUAG